CGAGCGAGCACCGCCGGCGCAGCGCGGUGACCCCAGCCCCAGCCGGCGCGGAGAGGAGACGGAGCCGAGCCGAUCUCGGCGCCCUCGCUGCGCUUCUCCCGGCCCGAGCCGGCCCUACCCCGGCGGUGGCGGCGGCGCGUCCUCCAGCGGCGGCAGCGGCGCUCGCAGCGCUCGGACUCAGCAGCUUGGCUCCAAUAUAGCAGGGCUACUGGGGCCACCGCCUUCUUCUCCUGACGCUCUGAGCAGCCUCCAGUCCUGGUCGGUUGGCAGAGGCCUUGGCAGGACGAAGAGGAGGAGGCCCGUUGGCGUCAGACCAAUGCUGCAAGGGGUGUGAGGACAGGAGCUGUCUUCCGUCACUGAACUGCCAGACCCAUAAAGCAGGAUGAAGCUGGAGUGAGGCAGAGGGGCCCCAGCUGCUGACCGGGACACUGGUGAUUCGUGGAUCACUGAGGCUGGACACCGUUCAUGGCUCUCGGGUAGAACCCAGCGAAACGGCCAGAAUGAAUUCUAUGGACAGGCACAUCCAGCAGACCAACGACCGCCUGCAGUGCAUCAAGCAGCACUUACAGAACCCUGCCAACUUCCACAAUGCCGCCACGGAGCUGCUGGACUGGUGCGGAGACCCGAGAGCCUUCCAGCGGCCCUUCGAGCAGAGCCUGAUGGGCUGUCUGACGGUGGUCAGUCGGGUGGCAGCCCAGCAAGGGUUCGACCUGGACCUCGGCUACAGACUGCUGGCUGUGUGUGCUGCAAACCGAGACAAGUUCACUCCAAAGUCUGCCGCCCUGCUGUCCUCCUGGUGCGAGGAGCUUGGCCGCCUGCUGCUGCUUCGACAUCAGAAGAGCCGCCAGAGCGACCCCCCCGGGAAACUCCCCAUGCAGCCGCCCCUCAACUCCAUGAGCUCCAUGAAACCCCCUCUGUCGCACAGUGAUGGGUCGUUCCCCUAUGACUCUGUCCCUUGGCAGCAGAACACCAACCAGCCUCCCGGCUCCCUCUCCGUGGUCACCACGGUUUGGGGAGUGACCAACACAUCCCAGAGCCAGGUUCUCGGGAACCCUAUGGCCAAUGCCAACAACCCCAUGAAUCCAGGCGGCAACCCCAUGGCGUCGGGCAUGACCACCAGCAACCCCGGCCUCAACUCCCCACAGUUCGCUGGGCAGCAGCAGCAGUUCUCGGCCAAGGCCGGCCCCGCCCAGCCCUACAUCCAGCAGAGCAUGUACGGCCGGCCCAACUACCCCGGCAGCGGGGGCUUCGGAGCCAGUUACCCCGGGGGUCCUAAUGCCCCUGCGGGCAUGGGGAUCCCUCCGCACACCAGGCCGCCUGCUGACUUCACUCAGCCGGCAGCCGCCGCCGCAGCAGCGGCAGUGGCAGCAGCAGCAGCCACGGCCACAGCCACCGCCACGGCCACCGUGGCAGCCUUGCAGGAGACGCAGAACAAGGAUAUAAACCAGUAUGGACCGAUGGGUCCCACCCAGGCGUAUAACAGCCAAUUCAUGAACCAGCCCGGGCCACGGGGGCCUGCCUCCAUGGCGGGCAGCAUGAACCCCGCGAGCAUGGCGGCUGGGAUGACGCCCUCUGGGAUGAGCGGCCCUCCCAUGGGCAUGAACCAGCCCCGGCCGCCCGGCAUCAGCCCCUUUGGCACGCACGGGCAGCGGAUGCCCCAGCAGACGUACCCGGGCCCCCGGCCCCAGUCCCUCCCCAUUCAGAGCAUAAAGAGGCCAUACCCGGGAGAGCCCAACUACGGAAACCAGCAAUAUGGACCAAACAGCCAGUUCCCCACCCAGCCAGGCCAGUACCCGACCCCCAACCCCCCGAGGCCGCUCACCUCUCCCAACUACCCGGGGCAAAGGAUGCCAAGCCAGCCCAGCACUGGGCAGUACCCGCCCCCAACGGUCAACAUGGGGCAGUAUUACAAGCCAGAACAGUUUAAUGGACAAAAUAACACCUUCUCGGGAAGCAGCUACAGUAACUACAGCCAAGGGAAUGUCAAUAGGCCUCCCAGGCCGGUUCCUGUGGCAAAUUACCCCCACUCACCUGUUCCAGGGAACCCCACACCCCCCAUGACCCCCGGGAGCAGCAUCCCUCCCUACCUGUCCCCCAGCCAAGACGUCAAACCACCCUUCCCACCUGACAUCAAGCCAAAUAUGAGCGCUCUGCCACUGCCCCCAGCCAACCACAACGACGAGCUGCGGCUCACGUUCCCCGUGCGGGACGGCGUGGUGCUGGAGCCCUUCCGCCUGGAGCACAACCUGGCCGUCAGCAACCAUGUGUUUCACCUGCGGCCCACGGUCCACCAGACGCUGAUGUGGAGGUCUGACCUGGAGCUGCAGUUCAAGUGCUACCACCACGAGGACCGGCAGAUGAACACCAACUGGCCGGCCUCGGUGCAGGUCAGCGUCAACGCCACGCCCCUCACCAUUGAGCGCGGCGACAACAAGACCUCCCACAAGCCCCUGCACCUCAAGCACGUGUGCCAGCCGGGCCGCAACACCAUCCAGAUCACCGUCACGGCCUGCUGCUGCUCCCACCUCUUCGUGCUGCAGCUGGUGCACCGGCCCUCCGUCCGCUCUGUGCUGCAAGGCCUCCUCAAGAAACGCCUCCUGCCGGCGGAGCACUGUAUCACAAAAAUCAAGCGGAAUUUCAGCAGUGUGGCUGCCUCAUCAGGCAACACGACCCUCAAUGGGGAGGACGGCGUGGAACAGACGGCCAUCAAGGUGUCUCUGAAGUGCCCCAUCACAUUCCGGCGCAUCCAGCUGCCUGCUCGAGGCCACGAUUGCAAGCAUGUCCAGUGCUUUGACCUGGAGUCGUACCUGCAACUAAAUUGCGAGAGAGGGACCUGGAGGUGUCCUGUGUGCAAUAAAACCGCUCUGCUUGAGGGCCUGGAGGUGGAUCAGUACAUGUGGGGCAUCCUGAAUGCCAUCCAGCACUCCGAGUUUGAAGAGGUCACCAUUGACCCCACGUGCAGCUGGCGGCCGGUGCCCAUCAAGUCAGACCUACACAUCAAGGAUGACCCUGACGGCAUCCCCUCCAAGCGCUUCAAGACCAUGAGUCCCAGCCAGAUGAUCAUGCCCAACGUCAUGGAGAUGAUUGCGGCCCUGGGCCCCGGCCCAUCCCCCUACCCGCUCCCGCCUCCACCGGGGGGUACCAACUCCAACGACUACAGCAGCCAGGGCAACAACUACCAAGGCCAUGGCAACUUUGACUUCCCCCACGGGAACCCCGGUGGGACAUCCAUGAAUGACUUCAUGCACGGGCCCCCCCAGCUCUCCCACCCCCCGGACAUGCCCAACAACAUGGCCGCCCUCGAGAAGCCCCUCAGUCACCCCAUGCAGGAAACCAUGCCACACGCUGGCAGUUCUGACCAGCCCCAUCCCUCCAUACAAGGUUUGCACGUACCACACCCCAGCAGCCAGUCAGGGCCUCCAUUACAUCACAGUGGGGCUCCUCCUCCUCCUCCUCCUUCCCAGCCUCCCCGGCAGCCGCCACAGGCCGCUCCCAGCAACCAUCCACACAGCGACCUGACCUUUAACCCCUCCUCAGCCUUAGAGGGUCAGGCCGGAGCGCAGGGAGCGUCCGACAUGCCGGAGCCUUCGCUGGAUCUCCUUCCAGAACUCACAAAUCCUGACGAGCUCCUCUCCUACCUGGACCCCCCCGACCUGCCGAGCAAUAGUAACGAUGACCUCCUGUCUCUCUUUGAGAACAACUGAAGGCCACCCCUCCGUCGGGGCCAUCCCUCCACUCUGCCUCCUGCCCCAUGUCCCCACACACUUCCCCACCGGGAGCCUGUGCCCUCAGACCGCCCCUCGCCCGGAGCCAUAGGUGGAGGGCGGGGCCUCCCUGCUGCAGCCCUCUGGGCACAGGGCAUGGAGGGCACAGGACAGCUGGUGGGCCUGGAGCCUGCGCCCACCCGCACACCCUGGGCUCGGGUCCAAACCCAGCGCAGGCCCCGAAGACGAAGACGUCGCACCUGACGGGGAAUGCCGCAGGAAGAGGGCGUGCCCUGGCAGGGGCUUCCCAGCCCCUCCGUGCCUGCGGAUUUCAGGCGACCUUCCGGUGCCCCCGAGGUUCUUCCAUUUUCUAGACUGUAACCCUGCCUCUCUGCUUCCUGGCCCAGAGCCUCCUUCGAGUGACUGUGGCACCUGAGAGAAGUCCCCCCAGACCCAGGGUGGGCCCCAAACCUUGGAGGAGCAGUGACAGUUGGCAGUAGUGAGACUGGCCUGCCCACCACCACCCACCACAGAAAAGCACAAACCUCUGGGAAAGAACAUCUCUCAGGGGCCAAGGGUCAUUGACUUGACCCCUGACCUCUAAGCCAAGAUACCCUGUAAACACGCUCUCAAAAAGCAGAGAAAAAGGACAAGAUUCUGUGUUUGAGAGAGGGCCUGCCAUUCCUGCUGGGGGCCUGGUGGGAGAGGGGCCAGGGCUUCCCAGAGCCAGGACGACGCCCCCAAUGGCUCCGCCACCUUCAGGCCAGACCAGCCUUGGGGGGCAGAGAGAGAGCACACAUGUGUGCCCAACCAAAAUUAUCAUGCCCUCCACUGGGGGGUUGGGGGAUGCCGCCAGCCGGAGUCAAGUAGGGGCAGCAACUCAUAACUUAGCUCCAAGCCACUCCCUGUUUUUAAACAGCAACAACUUAAAACUAUGAAGUCAUCUGGAGAAAAGGAAUGUUGCACUUGGACAGCAAGCAAACCAUUUCUCUCCAUGUGUUCUGUCUCCCCUCCUGCACCCUCCCCCACCUCUCCAAGACUGUUCCCUGGGACACCCACUUCCCUCUGUGUCCUAGUCCUCUGUCCACCCAGACGGCAGGGGACAUCCGUGGAAAGGCAGGGGCACAGGGCAUCUGUGUCUGUCUAGCCUCUCUGUCCCUGGCUGCCAGCCUCCCCUGCCCGCCGUGCCCCUCCACUGCCAAAAGCUCACCCCACACUCCUCGUUCAAGCAAGGCAGCCUCUGGCCUUCCCGCCACAUGUCACUCCAUUUGGCUCUCUGAGGUCUCCCAGGGAGCUUGUCCCGUGUCCACUUUGUUCCAAGCUCGUCUGUGUCCCCCUAAGCCUCGUGGCCUGGGGUGAUGCUGGCUCGUCCCAGCACUUGGGUCCUGUCUGUAAAUUCUUCCUGCUCUUCCCUGCCACUGCCUGGGCCCUUUCCUGCUUUCCUGUCCCCUGUGGGUGCUCUCGAUCCCGCUGUCCCCGGCUCCCUCUCUGUGGUGGGUGGUCCCAGCACUCCUCCGUGGACUUUCCGGAAAAGGUGGCCCCAGCUGUUGACUUGCAGUCGCUGUUCCAGACAGCACGAGGUUUUCUGUAGGAAAGCUGCCAUUGCCGCCCCCGCCCCUGUUUUUCCUUUGUCCCGUUGUCGUUGAGGUUUUUUCAAACAGCGUGUUGUUCGGUAUGCAAAUCAAUUAUUUUAAGAAUCGCUUUUGUAAAUAUCUUUGUGAAUAUUUUAGUAUUGUCUUUGAUAAUAUUCAACAUUUUCAUGACCUGGUUAUAGCCUUUGCUGGUGUUUUUAAAAUACCUUGACUCGGUAACAAACACGGAGUUUUUUUUGUUUGUUUUUUUUGUUUGUUUGUUUUAAACAAAAAAAGGAACCAGGGCUAUUUGUACAGAUGAAGGGACGAAUGGAAUGGGUGGCUGUGCUGGGAGCUGGGAGACCAGGCAGCCCACUGUUUAGGGCCAUCCCCCAGUCGGCUGGUGGGGACAGGGCAGCGCCAGGUAGCGUGUGGUCACCCUUGCUUGCCCAGUGCCUGUGUCCUGGCAGGUGGCCUGGUCUGUGUCAGACCAUCUGGAAUUUCAGCUGCGGACAGACUUCCAGAUGCCUUCCUUAGGAGUUCCUACUUCCUGCCUUGAUAGUUUGCCCCAGAAAGGCCUGGAGUCCACACUGGUCCGUAGCAGGGUGUGCCCAGACUCUGCUCACAGACGUAGCCACAGCUUUCCACGCAGAGGGUCUAGAAGCUCCCUGCAGCCCGGGCCCCUCCCCACCCACCUCUGGGCUUGGCACCUGAGGCUGGGUUCCUGGGUUCCGUCCCCGGCAAGCCUCCACCAGCAAGCAAGUAGCAUUCCUUCCAGCAGGCUCUGAACCGCGGUGCCUGAAGCCUAUGCUCUGGGGACAUCCCGUUCCAGAGUGAUUCUGGAGCCAGGUCAGGGUGUGAGGGAGGCACAGAGGCAUCUGAGGCAGGAGCAAGCCCCCGUCGUGGCAGACGCAGGUGAAGACAGUAUCUGUAAGCAGAGGUGGUCCUGAGCCUCUGGAAAGAUGUUUCCCUGAUCCUUUCGGACGACUCCUUGGAGCCGUAGUAACCUCAGCAAAAACAAGGCCUGAGCAAGCCACUUUUCCACGGCAAGCAUCAACCCAGCCCACAGGUGUGUUUCUGCUGCCACUCCUCGAGAUGGGACAGGGAGCUGGCGGUAGGCGGGAGGGGCCAAGUCCAGGCCAUCGCCCCAUCUUCUUGGUUUGAAGCUUUAUCCAUGUAUCAUGUUCCCUGUAGCCAUUUUAUUUUUAAGAGACUGCUAAUACUUUCUCCCUCACGGAGCCCUAACCCCCCAGAGAGCUAUAGGUCUGCUCCCAACGGGCCUUGGGCCUGACCCGUCCAGACAGGGCAGUGUCAGCAGCAGUGACUCAAGGGACGUGUGUACAUAUGUAAAUGAGAAAUAGAGACAUGUCAACAGAUGCAUUCAUUUCUCUCGGAAUGUGUAUUGUUUUUAUUUUACGAAACAAAACAAAAAAAAAAGGCUUGGAAUUCCAUCUUACGUGGAAAAACUAGAUCCUGUUCGUUAGCGUUUGUGAGUUCUCCACGUUUGUCUCACUCAUGUAAUAUACCCUGACCCUGUGUGGAAAGGAAUUUUUGUUCUGUUUUGUUUUUAUUUUACCUACAUGUACUAUUUAGCUUCAGUGUACUAGUCCUGCCACCUGUGUAUUUUUAGGGUGCUAUGGAAAUAAUGAAAAGAAACGGGGAUUUCAGAAGAAAAUUGUAACCAAAUUCAUACUUUGUAUAAUUUUUGAUAUCAUGAUCACAGGUGAUUCACACGUACACACAUAAACACGCCCACAAGUGCAGCCUGAAGUAACUCCCACAGCAACCAUCGUCGUCUUUGUACAUCGUAUGUACAAUGCAAUCAUUUCAUACUUUAAACUGGUCAGAAAACUAAUUGUGAUUUCUAGUCUUGCAAAGCUGUAUGUAGUUAGAUGAUGUGACAACCUCUAAUAUUUAUCUAAUAAAUAUGUAUUCAGAUGAAACCUGUAUAUUAGGUGUUCAUGUGGUUAUUUUGUAUUUAAAGAUCAAAUUAUUUGACUAUUGCUAGACAUUUCUAUACUCUGUUGUAACACUGAGGUAUCUCAUUUGCCCAUGUUAAUUUUUUUCUAAAUAAAUUGACAAAAAC